GGUUCGUCCUGCACUGCGGCGGCGGCGGCGGCGGCGGCGGCGGCGGAUAGGAUCAGCCUCCCGAUUGUCCUUAGAUCCCGAGCUACGGAGCUGAGCGUCGUUGACUGCGGCGGCGGCGGAUCGGAUCAGCCUCCUGAUUGUCUCAGAUCCUGAGCUACGGAGCUUAGCAGAGCAGGGGCUAGUGAGACAGUCGGCUCUUUCGUGAAGGACGGCUGCAGGUCAUUGAAUUUUCUGGAGCUUCCCAAGGCAAGAGAGUGGAGAGCAGCCACACACCUUUAGCCCGCAGCAUGCCAGCACUGUCAACCGGAUCUGCUGGAGAAAUGGGUCUGUAUGAGCUGUUGGCUGCUCUGCCCACCCAGCUGCAGCCACAUGUGAAUAGCCAGGAGGACCUGACCUUCCUCUGGGACAUGUUUGGUGAAAAGAGCCUGCAUUCACUGGUCAAGAUUCAUGAAAAACUUCACUACUAUGAGAAGCAGAGUCCAGUGCCCAUUCUCCAUGGGGCAGCAGCCUUGGCUGAUGAUCUGGCUGAAGAGCUACAGAACAAGCCACUAAGCAGUGAGAUGAGAGAGCUGCUGAAACUGCUGUCAAAACCCAACGUGAAGGCUUUGCUGUCAGUACAUGAUACUGUGGCUCAAAAGAGUUAUGAUCCUGUAUUGCCUCCUAUGCCUGAUGAUAUCGAUGAUGAAGAAGACUCUGUGAAAAUAAUCCGCCUAGUCAAGAACAAAGAACCCCUGGGUGCAACCAUUAAGAAAGAUGAACAGACGGGGGCAAUCACCGUGGCCCGGAUCAUGCGGGGAGGAGCUGCAGAUAGAAGUGGUCUUAUUCACGUGGGUGACGAGCUGAGGGAAGUGAAUGGGAUCCCAGUAGAAGACAAGAGGCCUGAGGAAAUAAUACAGAUUUUGAGUCAGUCCCAGGGAGCAAUUACAUUUAAGAUAAUACCCAGCACCAAAGAGGAGACAGCUUCCAAGGAAGGCAAGAUGUUUAUCAAAGCCCUUUUUGACUAUGAUCCAAAGGAGGACAAGGCAAUCCCAUGUAAGGAGGCGGGGCUGUCUUUCCAAAAGGGAGACAUUCUUCAGAUUCUGAGCCAAGAUGAUGUGACUUGGUGGCAGGCGAAGCACGAAGGCGAUGCCAACCCCAGAGCUGGCCUGAUUCCCUCCAAGCACUUCCAGGAACGGAGACUGGCGCUGAGAAGGCCAGAAAUAAUAGUCCAGCCUCUGAAACUUUCCAACAGGAAAUCAUAUGAGGAAUCAGUUGAAUGUGAGGAAAUUAAAGAAGAUGCUGGAUGUGAUGGUAACAACAGCGGAACCUACCUAGCUGGUUUUAGAAGAAGUUUCCGUCUUAGCAGAAAAGAUAAAAAAACUAACAAGUCUAUGUAUGAGUGCAGAAAGAGUGACCAGUACGACACAGCGGACGUGCCCACAUAUGAGGAAGUGACACCAUACCGGCGGCAGGCUCAUGAGAAAUACAGGCUUGUAGUCCUGGUCGGUCCUGUUGGAGUUGGGCUGAAUGAGCUGAAGCGGAAGCUGUUGAUGAGUGACACCCAACACUAUGGAGUGACAGUGCCCCAUACCACUAGAGCAAGACGAAGCCAAGAAAGUGAUGGUGUGGAAUAUAUUUUUAUUUCUAAGCAUUUGUUUGAGACAGAUGUACAAAAUAACAAGUUCAUUGAAUAUGGCGAAUAUAAAAACAACUACUAUGGCACAAGUAUAGACUCAGUUCGCUCUGUCCUAGCUAAGAACAAAGUUUGUCUGCUGGAUGUCCAGCCUCAUACAGUGAAGCACUUAAGGACACUGGAGUUCAAACCCUAUGUGAUAUUUAUAAAACCUCCAUCAAUAGAACGUUUGAGAGAGACAAGAAAAAAUGCAAAGAUUAUUUCAAGCAGAGAUGACCAAGGAACAGCAAAACCCUUCACAGAAGAAGACUUCCAAGAAAUGAUUAAAUCGGCACAAAUAAUGGAAAGUCAAUACGGCCAUCUUUUUGACAAAAUUAUAAUAAAUGAUGAUCUCACUAUGGCAUUUAAUGAGCUAAAAACAACAUUUGACAAACUAGAGACUGAUACCCAUUGGGUCCCUGUGAGCUGGUUACAUUCAUAACUCAAGAAAAUUUCCUUAAUUGUGUUUUUUACAGAGUGCAUGAUUAGGUCAGCUACCAUGUUUUUGGUAGGAUUUUCUUAAACCUCUAUCACUGUCAUAGAUGUAAAGUCUUUAUAAAAUUUCUAUGUGGUUUUGUUUAUAUCUUUUAGAGCCUUAUUUGAAUCAUAUGACUGCACAAUCUAAAAGUCAAAAUCGGCACAGUGUAAAACUUUGAAUUCCCUGAUUGCCCUUAGUUCUGUCUCUGUUGUGAGAGGCAGUGUAUCAGAGUUCCUGCCCCACCUUUACUUGCUGCCCUUCACUUUGCAUGCUUGCAGUUGACAGCAUGGACUUAGCCAUCUUGGGCAGCUCCACAGGUUUGAUUGAGCUGGAAAUAAGACCCCAUCCUGUUACUGCUCCUGUGCACAGAGUAUGUUCUUUGUGUGUUUUGUGUUCUUAAGGAAGUAGCUCACAUAUUAUAGCUUAGGAAAUCCUUUGGAGUACAUAUAGAUGCUGCAAAUAUUCUAUAAGGGAAAAAAUGGAUCUUUUUUUUGUAAGUUGAGGGUCUUACUAUGCUCUCUACACUGGCCUUGAACUCAGCCCUCCUUUGCCUCAACCUCCCAAGUACGGGUACAUGCCACUGCAACAGGUUUGGAAAUAGAUUUAAGUAAUAUUAUAGAUGUAGACCAAAACCCUUCCUUGUGGUUUAAUAAGGAUAAUUAUUUUAGGGCAAGCAAUGAUCACAAAGCAACUCCUGUUUUAACCUGUUACUUUUCAGAAGACAUUUUUGUAGUCAAAAUGUUUUAUUCUCUUGCUUUGGAAGUUCUCAGAAAAUUCUAAGAAUGAGAUACAUAUUCUAAACGUGUAACACACAUAGUUAAGAAAAAAGUGAUCAUGUUUCCAUACUGUGCAAUCACCACAUGUUUAAAUUGUGCUACGGUGUGUUCUAGAAACCUUAUAUUGUGUUAAAUUUUUUGAUCAAAAUGAUUAUUAACAUUGGCCAGAUUUCAUCUCAACCUAUUCUGAAAGAAGAUGUAUUUUUUAAAUGUUUAGAUGACAUUGCUCCUUUUUCUUUGGUGCUAUAGGUCUCCAGCGAGUGAAUAAUUUAUCAUAUUACAAAUGUCCCACAGUUCAGAGAGCUCCUGCCAUUCCUGUGAGCAGUGUGACUCAGCCAAUAGAAAAACCAUCACAUCUAUAACUUUAAUACAAAAAUAUUUUUGUUGCUUUGAAGAGCAUUUAAAUGUCAUGCUUAAAGAAAAAUAAAAUAUAGGGAAAUUUUAUAUAUUUGUGAGAUAUUUGAAAGACAUAUUUUUAGUUAUCAAAUAGGGUUAUUCAUAAAAGAAAUUGUAUAUAAAGAUAUAAUUUAAAGUAGUAGUUUUAUAAGCAAGGUCAGCAUUCCAUGUAAAUAUUUGACCUUGUUGCAGGUAGAUUCCCCACAUGUUACAUGUUCACUGUCAUGUGAUAGUGUCCUUGCUAACUUUCCUUAUGACAUGUCGGAUUACUGUGAGAAGCAGACACAGAAGUUACUCUAGAGACCUCAUUAUUCAUUCAAUCCCACAGCCAGAUCAUUGGACUAAUGAACAUAGUCUAUGCAAGUUCUGUAUUUAUUAAUUAAAUGAUAAGCCAUGCAGUUUAAACACAGAUAGGAUGGCUAGCAGAUUCGUGUUCUGAAGCCAGUGACCUGUGUGGCCUGUCUAGAAGCACAAGUCUUAGAGAAUUGGUUUGUGUGGAAUAUUGGGGAAUGCCUACACUUCUCAUAAAGCAAGUUUCUGUACCAAGAAUGAUGAGGAAUGCAUACCAGCAUAGGGCAUUCUGUGGAGACUUUAGGUAUCCCAGUUUCCUUACUUCAAGAUAUCUUUGUUGAUUUUUUUUCUUUCUUUUUGGGAUUGUUGUCUCCAUUUUUUUAUUUUAGGGUAAAACUUGUAUAGUGCAGUGGAAAUUUUGAGUCCUUAUAAGUAGUAUAGGUGAUGGAUGGAAUGUUAUGAAAAUAUAAAUAUCUGUAUUUUUUAGACCAGAGCUAAACAACAUUUUUUUAAAUGAUGAAAAUAAAAGCAGUUUAAGAAAUCAGGUGUCAUGUAGGCUUACCUGUGCUUUGAUGCUUUCAAAGAGAUUGAAUUAGAAUGUAAUAAGCCAGGCCAACAAAGGGCUGUGGAUCCCUGUAGUAAGAGGCAACCUCUCUCUGCUCUCUGGCCUCAGCACUCCUACCACCGAGAAGAACUCUCCGAGCUCUCAACAGCCUGUUCCUGGGAUGGCAUGGCAGCCACUGUUAGAGAAGAAACAACUGUUUCAGUGUUUGUACAAUUAAAAUUGAAUUUUGCAUGUAAAUUUUCCUUGUCCACCUCCCAGUUAGUGCGGCCCAAAUGUAAAGAGAUAAAAUUGAAACAAUAACCAUGGCUUCCCUGAGUAAUGUGGAAACUUGGCAUCUAUAAGGCUGGCAUUCCUGGUACUAUAUAAUCAUUGAGUGUGCCUAAAGUGUAGUCAUUUAAAAUGAGCAAACAUGUAAAUUCAGAUUACAAAACUAUGGAGUCAAAAUGUCCCUAAAGAUGCAGAUUUUUAUUUAUUUUCCUUUGGCCCAUGAUGAAUUUAUUGAUAAAUGUAAUGGAAAGUUUUUUAGUCUUAAUAAAAUAUCUUUAAGCAAUA